AUGGAAAUAGUUGAGUCAUUUGGGUACAGUGUCGGUGUUUUAGUAAUUAGUGAUACAGUAAGCAGCGGUGAAAAGAUAGAUUUAAGUGGAAAUAAUUUACUUCAAUUGCUGAAAAGUGGAAAAUAUUUUCCCGUAAGUACUAUCCUUGAAGAUGUUGGUGGUACUGGAUUUUCUAUUCGAGAUGUUACACCUGAGGCUACUAAAGGCAUUAUUGACAGAGAAGCACCCCAUUUAGCGUCUCGCAUGAUAUUAGGUUGUUGUGAAAAAACUCCGUUUGCUGUAUUAUCUAGAAGUGUUUGUGGAAUGCGUGGUCAAAGUUUAAUUUUAAAUCUACCCGGAAGCAAAAAGGGUUCUCAAGAGUGUUUUGAAAUGAUCGCGAAUGUACUUCCUCAUGCUCUUGAUCAGUUAAAAGGAAAAAUUAAAAAAGUAAUGAAAUUACAUUCUGAACUGCAAGGAGAAGGAACUGAUCGAACUAAAUUGACGUAA